GUCCAUUUCCCAUUGUCGUGAUAUUUCAAUGCUAUUAUACACUCUUUUCUGCUUCUUACGAUUGGCUUAAUUCGAGCCAGUGCUUAACGCCUAACUUCACCGUCGGGGACGAGAGAGAGAGAGAGAGAGACCUUGGGUAUCAUCGGUACGCUGUAAUAAGAACACAGUCGAACCCUUUCUGGCUUGGCAUUUUAAAUACUACCUUGACCACGAACCCACGCACGCGAGCGUGAUAUUUGCAGAAUCUCUCCAAAAAGCCCUAUCUCCAAUUCCUUCCGCAUCUCCCAUAUGCGUCUUGCCAACUUGUUUUGAUUCCUUUUUUCAAAUAGGAGCCAAUUGCUUCCUAAUUUAUUUUAUUUUCCAAGACUUCAAGGAUCGUACAUGGCAUCCUGUCUGACAACGUCGAUUAUAUCGUGACGUCUUGCUCCUUGUCCCUAUUACGAUCGACAUGGACUGCUAGCAUCCUCGUUUCAACCCCGCUGUUAAACGCGAUCCUGUCGCCAGUCCCGGCUCCCAUACAGCGGUCCGAGCAAAUCAUUUCUAAAUAUUAUUGAUAUCCAAAAUUUUCUUUGUUUUUUUCUUGAUGUUCAAUUCUGCUGUUGUCCCCGACUGCUAGAGCUUACGGCAACCUUACCGGUGGAGGAAAGCGGUUAAUGUUUAUUUUUGAGGAGGAACAAGAUGGUCUCAUUUUUUGGGUUUAAGAUCGGUGGCGGCGACAAAAAGAAGAAGCUAGCCAACGAAGCAGUGGCUUCGUCAAAUCAACAACGCCGAAAACUUGAACAAGAUGCUGUAGCUGGAAGACAGGAUGGAAAAGGCGCGCCCAAUGGCACCGUUUACUCAGUUUCUCGCCCCGACACGUCGCAUACGUGUAAGAUCACAGCUACGCAGCCAGGAGCUUCGCCUUACGGAUCCAAGAGUAGUCCUGCAGCUAUGAGCUUGUCCGAACUCACAGAUUCGAUUCACCCAAAUCUCAGGCAAUGGGUAUCGAAUCCCAAUCUAGGCUCUAAUCGGUUCGACGCCUCAACUUCAGAUUUGGCAGCAGUUCCGCCGGUGCCGGUACGAAACCCUUCUCGGCCAGCUACUCCUGUGGAAAAGAAGACAGCCUGGAUGAAUCCCCUCGAUAUGCAUUCUACGAGAGGCCCAACGAUGUCAGCGUUGUCAGCCUCCAGAUCACCAUUGGAUCAGUUUGGGCUUAAGCUGGAUAUUCCUAACGAUCAAGCUCCUAUUCAAAGAAACGACGAAUCCCCAAAGGCCCCGAUGCCUCUACGGGUAAAUAAAUCGAGCCCCCAGACCGCUGAAUCGCCGAAGAUGUUCCAAUCACCAAUAAAGCCCCCGUCUCCUCCGCAGUCCGUCAAGGAUAUGGAAAACCACAGCCCAGUCCGUGGACGGCCGGCAUUCCGUGAUGAUAUGUUCCGCUCGCCAAGCAGAGGCAGCCAAAGAAACGGAACGACCAAUCUUAAGGAGGUGCAGAAUGCUUGGGAUAUGCCAAGACGCGGGCCAGCAUCUAUCCCGUCACCUGUAUCAACGCCUCGUGGCAGUGAGGAGACGCCCACAAAUAACUCGAUGAAUAUGUGGUGCGAUCCGGUUAUUCGGUCAGUCGCGGCUAGACGGGAUACCAUGACUUCCAUUACUCACCAUAAAGUGAGUAUGCAAAUCAAGUUGGAAGAUCUUGAGAGUGCGUUUAUGGAUGAACCAGAGGAAUUCUUGCCGCCUCAAAUGCCCGGAUCUCAAAUGCGACAGCUUGUACGCCCCCCGCCAUUGAAUCUCGAUCCUCGUCCGAGGACGCCGGACCGUGCUGGCACAUAUCCGCCUGCCCCAUUCAUGAUGGACCAGCGCCCGCAUACACCCACCGGCGAGAGCUCGCGCAGGCCUAUGAAGGAAAGAGCUGGACCACCCCCUGGUGCUAUUGGUGCACAUGGGAGACCUGGUAGGCCAAACACCAAAAAUGUACGCCGACCUGCUGCGGAUGAAUAUGUGAUUCAACCUUCAUCUCAACCUCAAUCUCGCAGAGCGUCUCAAGAUAGCUCGCGCCCAACGUCUCCCGAUAGUCCUCUACUACCUCAAUCUGGUCCCUUAGCUAGCCCACGUUUCCUGCCGAUUGACGCCCAACUCGCGCCGCCGCCACUUAAAGAAGCUCGAUCUAACCUGCAUAUUGCAACGUUCGCCUUGGACGAUGAUGUAGAUGACCAGCUCACGGCCCCGUGUAUGGGACACCGCAACGCCCCGACGCCCGACUCUUCCCAAUGGCCCAUGCCUUCACCUACCGAAUCUACCUUCGAUGCCGCGCUAUCUUACCGUGGCGAAUCACCUUUUGUCGGUGCCGAUUCCCCGCUAGAAACCCCACCACGCGUGCUGCCGCAAGGCGUUGUCGGUCGUUCAGAGUCGCCAUUUGGGUUUCGGUCUUUCAAUUUCAGCAGACCUAUGACGCCUACCCUCGAACAACCACCAUUACGACGUGAUGAAACGCCGUUGUCAGGUAGAGUACAGCGGUACCAACCAAAGCGAUCUGAGACCGUUCCCGUGUCGCCUGGAUUUAGGGAUUAUGAUUCCUCCCCGUCUCCGGGCAUACCGCCACCACGUGCAAACACAGUUACCGUGAACGUAGGCCACGGCAUGGGUCAUGGGCUCAGGAGCCCGGCGAUCGUGGGAGACGACUUCGGUGGAGGGUUCAUCUAAGCACCUUUGUAUACUGAUAAGUUUGCAUCUUUAAACUCUUGUGUUCUGUAUAGCUACGAGCGGGACUGGCGGCAACAUCAUUUUAGGGCAUCACGGCAGCAUUCGUUAUUUGAUUUCAGAGACCUCUUUCCCUUUGUUAGGACACCCCAUAUAGCAUCGCAUUUGCAGCUGAGAUACCCCAUACCCCCUCUUCGCUGUUCCAGGCUUUGAAAUUGGGCGUUUUGGAUCGGGAACUGUUUUAAGGUUAUUAGCAUAGCAUCAUCAUCAUGUACAUCAUGUACCACCAUCAGCAUUUCUUCAGCAUCGGCGGAUAGUAUCUUUUCUUGCAUAUAUCUCUAGCGUGUAUUUUGUUGCGAAAGACGAAUUUCUUUUUUGAAGACCGCGCGUAUCGGGCGCCUGGCUAGGGAGGCAGGUUCCUAUUUAUCUUUUAUACAUUGAACGUCUCUGAGCGGUAUCGUUGUUCAUUGUAUUUUCGGAGGGAUGGCUUGGGAAAAAAAUCUUUCGCAUUUCUACGUUCACGUAGGGUUAGGUUUAGUGUAUAUUGUUAAUGAGUAUUAGCACCCGUUGGAGUGCUGAGUAGAUUGGCUUGUCUUGCUCGUUAUGCCGUUCUGUUUGUGAAUGAUGUUCUGC